GCGAGAAGUGCUGGCAAUGACGGAACUUUUGGCAUUGGUCUGGACAUGUUCGAUCUCGAUCUGGAGCAUGACAAGAAGCUGCCGCCGUGGAUCGCGAUCACAUGGAUUGGCGCAAAGGGGCUUAUCGACCUCUGGCAGGAGUGGUGCCAGUUCCGUGGAUUCUGCGAGAUCGGCAGAUACAAA